AUGGUUGAGGGUGAAUCAAGCAAUGCAAGGGAAAGAAGGCUUAAGAUGCAAGCCGAUUUGGAGAGGAUGACUCAAAGAAUGGAAGAGUCUGAUGCAGAGGAUAUGUGUACUCUGAGGAAGAAGUCUGAGAGUGAGAGAUUGAGGGAGGAAAGGAGGACCAAGAAGAGGAAUGACCCCAUUAGUAGUGAGAGUGAGCAAGGGGAGUUUGAGAUUGGAGUGAACCUUGUUCAAGAGGAGGGAAAUGGCUCUCCAAGUGAAGAAGGAAGUGAUGAGACUGAGAGUGAAGAGGAAGGAGAAGAGGUGAAUCAGUUGGUUGAAGAAGUGAGCAAGAGUAACCAAGAUGAACCUAUGGAGGAGUUGAGCCACAAGAGCAGCCGCAAGAGGAGGAGGAAGAACUCCCUAUGUACCAAGAGCAUUACAAUGCCCUCUUCUCCAUGGACUUCAUGGACACCAAGUACCCACAUGUUGACACAAUGA